AUGGCAAGCAACGGUGAAAAAGGAUCAGAGAUGACUUUGACAGUCUUGGGCUGCGGUACAAUGGGCAUAGCAAUCCUCUCCGGGAUCCUCUCUUCCCUCUCCUCCUCAUCCCCAUCCACAAACACAUCCACCUCCACCUCCACAUCAACAGAAACACCCUCCCGCCUCCCCUCCCGCUUCAUCGCUUGCGUCCGAACCCCCACCCGAGCAUCCCAAAUCCAAACCGCCCUCUCCUCCCACCUAAACGUCGUCUCCAUCGUCCAAAAUGAAAAUGUCCGCGCCUGCACCGAAGCAGACAUCAUCCUCCUCGCCUGCAAACCCUACAUGGUAUCCUCCAUCCUAGCCGCAGAAGGCAUGCGCACUGCUUUGCAGAACAAACUCCUCAUCAGCAUCUGCGCCGGCGUGACCAAAGAAGCAAUCCUCGACUCCCUCUCCCUCUCCCCGGGUGAAGAAGCACCGACAGUCAUCCGCGCAAUGCCCAACACGGCGUCCCAGAUCCGCGAAUCCAUGACCGUAAUCGCAACCUCCACCCCGCCCCUACCCACCGAGACAGAAGCCCUCGUAACCUGGAUCUUCAAACGCAUCGGCGACGUCGUCUACCUGCCCGCUUCCAACAUGGACGCCUCGACCGCAUUGUGCGGAUCCGGGCCUGCCUUCUUCGCGCUCGUGCUGGAGGCUGCUAUCGAUGGCGCCGUCGCGAUGGGCAUCCCGAGAGCAGAGGCCCAGCGUAUGGCGGCGCAGACCAUGAGGGGCGCGGCGGGGCUGGUGCUUAAUGGCGAGCAUCCGGCGAUACUGAGGGAUAAGGUUACGACGCCUGGAGGGUGUACGAUUGGAGGCUUGCUGGUGCUGGAGGAGGGUAUGGUUAGGGGGACGGUGGCGAAGGCUGUUAGGGAGGCGACGGGGGUGGCGGCGUUGUUGGGGAAGGGUGUUCAGGGGGUUAAUGGAACGAGGAGGUUAGAGUAA